AUGAAAUUCACCCGACCAUCCCUCCUCGCACGCCAUCUGAGAGUCCACUCGAGGGAGAAUCAUUUUGUCUACCAAUGCUGUCGCAAGUGCAUCCCAACCAUGAGCCCAUGCACUUCUCACCAACGCCUUCAUACUGGUGAGAAGCCCUACGUGUGCCAGGUGUGUGGUCACAAGUUCACUGCAUCAUCAUACCUCAUUUUCCACAACAAAUUCAAGCACCCACCUACUUCUCCUCUUUCUCCUCUUCCACAUCCUCAACCCUCAACCGCAAUUCACUCUUCACGUGGCUCCACCUCAACACAUGUCCAGCCCAAGUAA